CUACGCCCGCCGGGACAGCCCCACCUACGACCCCUACAAACGCCAUCCCUUUUCCUGGCUGAUCCUGGGUUUUUUUCCCGAUUUUCCAGCCCAGAACGUGACGGUGGAGGAGAUCCUGGCUGCUUACCGCCAGGCCUGCCAGAAGCUCAACUGCCGCCAGAUUCCCAAACUGCUGAAGCAGAUCCAGGUAAUUCCCAGAAUUCCCAAAAAUCCCAACACCAGCUGCCUGCAGUACCUGGAUGCUCGCAACACUCCCCUCCUGGAUCACUCGGCGCCGUUCGUGGCUCGAGCUCUCCGGAUCAGCAGCAGCCUCGUGGUUCUGCACCUGGAGAACACCUCCCUGUCUGGGAGACCCCUGAUGCUGCUGGCCACAGCCCUGAAGAUGAACGUGACGCUGCGGGAGCUGUACCUGACCCCGUUCCCAUUUCCCCUCGGAACAGGAUUGGGAUGGGUUUGGGAAUCCCUGAUUCCCACUUUUCCAGGCCUGGCUGAUCCCAUUUUUCCCAUUUUUCCAGGCCUGGCCUACAUCUGCGAGGGGCUGCGGGAGCAGCGCCGGGGGCUGGUGACGCUGGUGCUGUGGAACAACCAGCUGAGCCACGCCGGCAUGGCCUACCUGGGCAUGACCCUGCCGCACACGCAGAGCCUGGAGACGCUGAACCUGGGCCACAACGCGGUGGGGAACGAGGGCGUGCGGAACCUGAAGAACGGAUUGAUCGGGAACCGCUCGGUGCUGCGCCUGGGGCUGGCCUGCACCAAGCUGACCUGCGAGGGUGGGCCCGGGGAGGGGAAGGGGAGACCGCACACGCAGAGCCUGGAGACGCUGAACCUGGGCCACAACGCGGUGGGGAACGAGGGCGUGCGGAACCUGAAGAACGGAUUGAUCGGGAACCGCUCGGUGCUGCGCCUGGGGCUGGCCUGCACCAAGCUGACCUGCGAGGAUCCAGGGUUCUUCCUGAGCAAUCCAGAGUCGUUCCUGACGGAUCUGGGGCUGUUCCCGAUGGAUCUGGGAUUGUUUCUGGUGGAUCUGGGAUUGUUCCUGAUGGAUCCAAGGUUGUUCCUGGUGGAUCUGGCACCGUUCCUGACAGAUUUGGAGCCGUUACUGACAGACUGGGAGCUGUUCCCGGUGGAUCUGGGAUUGUUUCUGAUGGAUUUGGAGCCAUUCCUGACGGAUCCAAGAUUGUUUCCGAUGGAUCUGGGGUUGUUCCUGAUGGAUCUGGGACUGUUUCUGAUGGAUUUGGAACCCCAGCAGCUGCAGCACUCGGCCUCCAUGGCGGAAAUCUCCGGGAACGAUCCCGAGGAAGAGCCCGAGGAAAACCCCGGAAUUGCCGACGGCGCUUCCCCCGCCCCCGAGGAAAACGGGAACGCGGCUGCGGCCGGAGAUUCCAGCUCGGACACCGAGGAGGAGGAGGAGGAGGAGGAGGAUGGGAAGGACUCGAGAGAGGCUGUGGAUUCCGGGAAUUCCGGGAAUGCCGAGCGCAGGAUUUCCGUCUCCAGCCCCGGCAGAGGCCGCAAGAUCUUUGUGGUGACGCGGGUGGAGAACGUUCCCGAGGGAUCCGGGGGCGUUCCCAGGGAAUCUGGGGCUGUUCCCAAAGACUCUGGGGUCAUUCCCAAGGAUUCUGAGGCUGUUCCCGAGGGAUCCGGAGCCGUUUCCGAGGGAUCUGGGGCUCUUCCCAAAGAAUCUGGGGCUGGUCCUGAGGGAUCCGGGGUCGGUCCUGAGGGAUCUGGGACAAUUCCUGAUGGACCUGGAAUCGUUCCUGAUGGAUCCAGGGUUGUUCCUGAUGGAUCCAGCGCCGUUCCUGAUGGGUCCGGGACAAUUCCUGAUGGAUCUGGAAUUGUUCCUGAUAGAUCCAGGGUUCUUCCUGAGCAAUCCAGAGUCGUUCCUGACGGAUCUGGGGCUGUUCCCGAUGGAUCUGGGAUUGUUUCUGGUGGAUCUGGGAUUGUUCCUGAUGGAUCCAAGGUUGUUCCUGGUGGAUCUGGCACCGCUCCUGACAGAUUUGGAGCCGUUCCUGACAGACUGGGAGCCGUUCCCGGCGGAUCUGGGAUUGUUUCUGAUGGAUUUGGAGCCAUUCCUGACGGAUCCAACAUUGUUUCCGAUGGAUCUGGGGUUGUUCCUGAUGGGUCUGGGAUUGUUUCUGAUGGAUUUGGAACCGUUCCUGACGGAUCCAGGGUUGUUCCUGAUGGACCUGGGAUUGCUCCUGAUGGAUUUGGAACCGUUCCGGAUAAAUCUGGGAUUGUUCCUGACCGAUUUGGAGCCGUUCCCGAUGGAUCCGGGAUUGUUCCUGAUGAAUCUGGGAUUGUUCCUGAUGGAUUUGGAGCCAUUCCCAAAAGAUUUGGAGCCGUUCCUGAUGGAUCUGGGAUCGUUCCCGACGGAUCUGGGAUUGUUCCUGACGGAUUUGGAGCCAUUCCUGACAGAUUUGGAGCCGUUCCCGAGGGAUCCGGGAUGGUUCCGGCCCCGGUUCCCGCCCUGGCUCCGUCCCGGUCCGGCGGCUCCGAGGGGAUUCCCUGCGGGAGCCCCGCCCGGGACUCGCCGCUGCCCAACGGGCUCAAGGCGGAUUUCGCCCGCGCGCUGCCGGAGCCGGGGCCGGAGGGAGACGGGAAACCGGCGACGUGCGCGGCCGAGCACGAGCUGAGCUGCGCCAGGAACGAGCAGGAGCUGCAGGAGCUGCUCCUGGAGGCCAGUCAGGACACGGCGCCCGAGCCGCUCUGA